AUGGCAGCACUCAAGUCUCUCUUCUCUCUAAUAUCUCAACUUGGUGUGGUGCUCCUCUUGGUUGUUGCACUAGGGACCGAGAAAGAGAAGGUUAAGGCACAGAGCACAUGCUCAAACCAGCUGAGCAACCUCAAUGUUUGUGCACCCUUUGUGGUGCCUGGUGCACCUAACACAAACCCAAGUGUUGGAUGCUGUAAUGCACUUGAAGCUGUGGACCGUGACUGCCUCUGCAGCACAAUAAGGAUCGCUUUCCAACUUCCUAAUCAGUGUCAACUCCCACCCAUAGCGGAUUGUGGUUUGGCUCUCCGAUUGAAUGCCUAUUUGGCGAAACCAUGCAAUGUAAGAAUGCAAGAGGAAGUCAACGCCAUGAAAUAA